UCUAUUUGGGCGAAUAGCCCAGAUCUAUUGAAAUCGCAUUGUGUUGGCACUUUUCAUGCAUAGUCUAUUCAUUAAAUGAAUUAUCUUGAGUUUGAGGGAUGUUUAAUAAUUUCAGGCUAGCCUACACCACCAACUGCACAUCUAUAGGCCUAAUUUGUGUUGGUUGAAUGAUUGGCUCGGUAAUUAAUUGGCGCCAUAAUUUCAUGAUUCAAUACAUUACCAUAUUUCACGUGCAUUAGCGAGAAAUUAUAUUCCAUAAUAUUGUGAAUGAAGUGCAUCUCACAUGGGCACAUAGAAUAAAUGUGCCGUGCAUCCAUGUGUUUCUACGCGGGAGCCAUGCAUUUGUGGCCAUCGGGAAGGAUUUAUAGCCUAAUCGUGAUGAAUCCCCGUGGUGGCACGCGCAGGUCUUCGUAAUUAUGGCAGUCGUUCUGAGAGGGGAGAGAGAAAAAAAACACCCUGAUAGGAGGCAUUUUAUCUUCAUCACUGGACCGCUCAAUUCCAAUUAAUUUGACAAGAUUUCCCUCACGCGAAGCGCAAAUCCCUAUUAAAAGACGCAUACUGUAAAUGACAACCCUCUAAACGCUUCGCGUGUCCGAAUGAAAUGGAAGAGGAGAGAAAGGGAACGACAAAAGGUUAAGACGCAGCUUCCCGGAGUUAUUUCCCGGCAGAGCGCCCUAAGCCACAGUCAUUGGCCCUAAGCCAGCCCCCUCCGGAGUGCUCCUAGUGGUUCUAUAGUAAUUUCUAACCAAUGAUCAGUAGGUGUCCACAUCCUAGCUUCCUCACCUCAGCACCAAUCAGCCACACACAGCGACAGGAGACAGCACGGAGCUAACACUAGGCAGCCACACACAAUACACCUCGGACCAAGCAGAGGAAACACCUACAACGCACCGUUAUUUCCCCCUACAGCGCCGUGGUUUUAUAAUAAUACACCGUUUUUUUUCUUCUAAAAAGCUCGAUAAGCUAUCGCUUUAAGUUUGCUAUUUUUUGUACUUUUUUUUCUCAAGCCAGGAAAAUAAGUCUGGAAACAUGCUCCUUUUGUUUUGAGCGCUCUUUUUCAGUGUGGCUGUGCUCUUCCCACAUCCUCGCGUUAUUUUAUAUCUCCAUCGCGCCUUGCGGUAAUGUGCCGCUCUGUGUUGGCAGCCGACUGCUAGGCGUCUGGAAUCUCUUCUCGCCAGGAACCUGGUAGUGCUGGAGGAGACAGAAGCAGGAUGGUAACAUAUUGUUGGUGGUAACCAGCAGCUUCUAGUUUGACGAAGGCCACCGUUGACGGCGACCCCAGACUCUUCCCCAGUGAACCCUGCUCAACCGUCUCCCAGCCAUGUCUAAUAUAAACAAUGCUCUCUGCAUUGAGAACGGACAGAACGCAGACGUGUCUCUCUUACAAAAGGAUAACCUUCAGAACCUGCAGAACCUGCAGAACUUGCAGAACCUCCAGGAUGGUGGAUUAAGCCAACUUUUGGAUUAUAACGCCGAGAUGGAACGGUACCGCUCUUUCGCAAACUUUUACAAAACCAACGGCGCGUUCGGCCAGACGGCAAAGAUCGCCCGCAUCACGACCCCCAUUUUCCCCAGUGCCCGGAUAGGCAUGUCCCCGUGGAACUGCGAUAACGCCAUGCUCUGGGGGAGGAAAUCGGCCACAAUAAACCCUAAUAGGACCAGCAUGCACAGGAAUGACUCCCAGAGGCCGGGGAAGCAUGGCGUGCCGCCAGAAACGCUACAGCAAAUGGCAAAUAAUAAUUUCCUCUCUACCUUAUCCCCCGAACACUGCAGACCUUUAGCGGGAGAAUGCAUGAACAAGCUGAAAUGCGGCGCCGGCGAAGCAGAGAUAAUGAAUCUCCAGGAACGUGUCGGAACUUUUUCCGCCAUUCCGGCUUUAGGGGGCAUCUCAUUACCUCCCGGGGUCAUCGUCAUGACAGCCCUUCACUCCCCCGCAGCCUCGGCAGCCGUUACAGACAGUGCGUUUCAAAUUGCCAAUCUGGCAGACUGCCCACAGAAUAAUUCCUCUGCGUCCGGCGGGAACCCAGCGAAGAAGAAAAGGAAGCGGUGCGGGGUGUGCGCGCCCUGCCGGCGGCUAAUCAACUGCGGCGUGUGCAGCAGUUGUCGGAACCGUAAGACGGGCCACCAGAUCUGCAAGUUCAGGAAAUGUGAGGAGCUGAAAAAGAAACCCGGCUCGUCGCUGGAGGUAGGUCCGUGUUUUCCUAGACUGGUCCCUGAUCUGUUGACAAAGACCUUAGGCGUUGGCUAUACAGCCUGGGACCAGAGGACACCAGUCAACAAUGGAGAGGCAUUCCGGUGGUUCUUUUAGAGCGCCCGACCUUAGUGACAUCAACACGCGGUCAGAGGUCCAGUUAGAACUCUGAUGACAUCACUGCAGGAAGCACUGGGGGUUCAGAGAACCCAAACAACCUCCCAGUUUUUAAACCAGGAGACAGAAACUCUAAAAAGAUGAAACGAUAAACAUUAUGGUGUUGGUUUAACUCUGUAAUUUCCUUUCCUGUGUAAUUAUUGUACCUUUUGACAGUAUCAUAAUGUCUAUUUUCGGUGUAUAUGAAUGUGUUUCAGUGUUGUUUGGCUGUAAAGUUUACAGUCAAUCUUAUGUAAAGGACUCAAUGGACAAUCAUCACCAAUACGUCAACAACAAAGAUGGCCGCUGCUGGGAUUGAUCAUGUGAUCGUCACACACAACCUUGGAGCAAUAAUCUUUAAAGUUGAUUAUUCUGCUUGUGUUUUCCCUUUAUUUCCGUUUUCAAAUUAUUAUAUCGAAGCUGAAUUAUUUUUUAUAAAAUGUGUCAUUUUUGUUUAAUGCUUGCAUUCCCUGUUUGUGUGUGUGCGCGCCUCUGACUGGGGGAAACUAUAAGGUCCUCCUUGGUAAAUGUGAUGUAUCAUAUAAGUGACACACCAUGCCAGAGAGAACGGCAUUAUUAUUUAGAUGCUUUCAUUUGGGGUUUCUUUCAGUUUUUGUCCAGCACGUUACGAAACAGGGCACAUUGUCUUGUGUAGCGAGUUGUACUUUUUUGGAAAACAAAAAGGAGCAUCGUUGUGUUACAGUUACUGCACAAAGGGGUGGUUGUGAGCCAGACUGUUUCUCUUUGGUUUUGAUACGCUUCAAAGAUGGUGUUAUGAUUCGCUAUUUCAUGUAACUGUCUUGCCACCUCCUGACCAUCUUCUGGGUUUUUGUUUGAAAUACAAAGGUCAUCUUAUAGGUAACACUAUACUUAAAUCCUGCAGGUAUAAUGCCUCUACUUAUAUCCUGCAGGCAUAAGCAGGUAUAAUGCUUCAUUACUUGUUAUUAGCAGGUAUAAUGCUUCAUUACUUGUUAUUAGCAGGUAUAAUGCUUCAUUACUUGUUAUUAGCAGGUAUAAUGCUUCAUUACUUGUUAUUAGCAGGUAUAAUGCUUUAUUGCUUGUUUAUAAGCAGGUAUAAUGCUUUAUUGCUUGUUUAUAAGCAGGUAUAUUGCUUCAUUACUUGUUAUAAGCAUGUAAUGUCCGUUACAAUGUCUUAUGAGGUUUAUGAUAUAUACUUGCAGACUAAGUAAAGUGUUACCGGUUAUUACACCCAAGCUGCCUAAAAUGGAGUAAUUAAUAAUACUAGUAAAGGGAUUCUGAGGUUAAAUUAACAUGAUUCAAAUGGAAUAUUAAGUCAACAGUACAGUUUACAUAUCUGACAACAGUUGUAUACAUUAUAAGUGAUAUAUGUUCACUGUGAGUAUCUGUCUGACUCCAGUUAUUCUGGAAGUACGGGACUUUCCAUACCUUUCUCCUGCAGAGACACAAUAACAACAAAAGCCUGAGCUGAAGCAAGAAGUGAACACAUUCCAAAAACGACAACAAUUAUUCAAUAAAUGACUCAUCGUCUUCAAAACCCUAUUGUUGCAUGUGUAAAUGUGUUUUGGUUUUAAAGAUGAACAAGAAUUUGUAUAUUGUUGUUGUGAUGCUUUUAUGUGUUCAAAUAAAAAAAAGGACUAAAAACAAAUAUUUUGAAUGGCAACGAAUAACGCAACAUUUAUAUCCUCACAUUGUACAAUUAAAUAUUGGA